CUUCUACCCUUCACCGACGCCAUAUCAUGAAGUUUGGAAAGACUUUAUUGAAAAACCAGAUCCCAGAGUGGUCCAGGAAUUACAUCAACUACAAAGCUCUGAAGAAGCGCGUUAACCGCGCUGCUGAAGAAUACAGAGUUGGUCAACAACAAGCAUGUGAUGACAGUGUGGCAGCCAUAUUCUUUGCACUGGAUAGAGAACUGGAAAAAGUGAACGGUUUCUAUACCUAUAAGCGUGGGGAGAUUGACCGUCGACUUGCCCUGAAGGAAACUCUCGAUCAGUUGAACAAGUUGAUGUGGUUCGCGGAACUCAAUAACAAGGGCUUUGGGAAGAUUUUGAAAAAGUUGGACAAGCGGCUGAAACUGGUAACUCGCAGCGCUUAUUUAGAAACCAAGGUUGAUGUAUUACCAUUUGCGACAUACAUAGAGCUGAAGGACAAGAUGGAUACAAUUUUGCUGUGGAUAAAUGUGUUCACUAAAAAUGUUGACGGGACGGGACAGCAAGUUGAGAGAGCGGGUAUUACCGGCGCGUUUGCCGACAAUUCUCUGACUAGCCGCAAUAAAGAAGAACUACUCAACAAGACCGAGAUGGAACAGUUAAAUGCGGCUAUUGGAGACGAUGAUACCAAAAAAGUCCAAUCGAUACUUGCUGGAUGCCAAUUUCAGGAGACCGAUAGCCGAUAUCGCCGACAGCUGCUCAACAAGCUUCUGGAGGUUGCUUGCAAAUGUAUGUCGCUGGACGUUGUAAGCUUUCUACUUGAUUUAGGAGCUAGUCCAGCGAGUCAUGACGAUGUGAACGAGCGCAACUUACUUCAUAAGCUUUGUAUCCAAGGAGGACAGCUGAUUGAGCAGGUACCUACCGUUGCUAGAACAUCACCUGUUGAUCCUAGCUUGGAGACAAUCACUCUCAUUGAGAUUUUGCUCAGGCAUAAUGGUAGCUUGACCAGUCAAUCGGAUAUAUUGCAUAGGAAACCGUUGCACUAUGCUGCAAUGUAUGGAUUUGCUCGUAUCGCGGACGUCCUUUUACAACAUUCGGUUGCCAAUGGAGAAUACAGCGAAAAUCAAAACUUUACCAGUCGCUUCUGGGUGGACCACGAAGGCUACAGCCCAUUGUUCUAUGCUAUCUUGAAUGGAAGGACUGAAGCCACCCGAGUCCUCAUUGCGCGGGGAGAUAUCAAGGAUAUCGAUAAUGCCCUUAAUCCUUCCUCAACAUUUGAAGAGUUCAACAUUACGAAUCAAGAGCUUCCUCGUAGUACCAACUUCCCUCAUGAUUCCUGGUGCCAAUCCCCUCUUGCCAUUGCAUGCAAAAUAGGGAACGCGAGAUUGACCAAAUUGCUUAUUGAAGUUGGCGCGAACUUGGAAAUGAAAGAUGAAGAUGGAGAAACACCGCUCUAUUUCGCUGCACGUAAUGGUCAUGUCGACUGCAUUGAAGCUCUUCUGAGGGAACCUCUGACGAAAGCUGACAUCAAUGUUCAAGAUACUGUGAAUGGAUAUACACCACUGAUGGUAGCUGCUAUCGAAGGAAAUGCGAGUGUUGUGGAAAAACUUGUUGCUUAUGGUGCAGAUAUCAACCUUGUGGAUUUUGAAGGAUGGAAUGCUCAUGAACAUGCCAUUUUCCGAGGAUUUACGACUCUAUCAGAAUUGCUGAAACCCGCCAGUGUAGCGACGAAUGGAGAUUCGAACCAUGCUGGAUCAAAGUAUAUUCCCGUGCCUGAAAAGAGGCAGCGUAAGGACUCUGCCACAAAUGCAGUAAGGGUGUACGGCCACAAAUAUCUCAAAGGUCAAACCAUGGUCAUUGUUACUCUUGGCUCCAAUGACGUUAGAAACCAACUUUGUACCAAGUUUGUAAAUUUGGAGCAAUCUCUUUUGCAAACCGGCGAAGCUCUGUCCAUCGUCGUCUCAGCCACCAACGCAACUGGCGAGUUCCCUAUCAUCGAUUUGCCGCCUCCGGAUAGCCAGAAUUACGGUAUAUCUGAACGUCCGGAACCUAUUGUGUUGUUUACUACAGAGCCUCACAAGGUUGUAUUGAAGUUUGACGUUGUCCCUACUCUUGGAGCGUAUAAACGGGAGCUGGUUGCCAGAGGAACAGCUUUACUCGCCAGCGACCAAAUCACAUCCCAAAGACCGGGCCAAAACCGAUACGGCGAAACUAGCUUGCCCCUGAGAGGUCAACUUACAGUUCCUCUCAUUGACACCAAAUCGCUCGAGUUUGUCGGUUCCUUGGGUGCUGAAUACCUAGUUGUGACUCCAUUUGAGCAUCCACACAUGAAGAUUGGCAGCCGACAAACUUAUUACAAAUCUGUUGAUACUAAGGUUAUUGGUCAUCGUGGUUUGGGAAUGAAUAAGCGAGCAUCCCGGCUUCAGGUUGGAGAAAACACAGUACUAUCCUUUGUAACAGCCGCUUCUCUCGGUGCAGAGUAUGUCGAAUUUGAUGUACAGCUUACUAAGGAUCUAGUACCGGUCAUUUACCAUGACUGGACACUCACUGAAUCUGGAUUUGACAUUCCUAUAAAUGCUGUCAGCGCUGAGCAAUUUCUCAAUUUGCGUCCAUCUGGACAUAUUAAAGAAUACCAUCAAGGCGUCACGAGCGAUAGAAAAGGAAGUAUUGUACCCACUGCCAAUGCAGCCAGCAAUACUGAUGAAAAUAUUUUGGAUACUAUGUCAGCAUUACCUGAUAAUCCUAUUGCCAAGAGCAGAAUCAACCGAUCAAACAGUUUGAGUGCACUUCCAGGAGGCAAAAGUGACCGUUCCUCGGCUUCCAAGAGAUUGGACCUGACAAAGACCAACAAAACAGGCAAGGUGAAAGGCAACGGUCCGGAGAGUAUUCAAGCACCAUUCACGACAUUGGCAGAAAUUUUUCGUCAAGUGCCAAAAGACAUUGGUUUCAAUAUUGAGGUCAAAUACCCUAUGGUGGAUGAAGCCGAACAGGAUGAUCUACAAUACGUCCAGGAACUAAACUUGUUUGUGGAUACUAUUCUAGAAUGCGUCUACGAACAUACACAUGCAGAUCGAAAAAUUAUCUUUUCAUCCUUUCACCCUGAUAUUGCGCUCCUUGUCAACAUGAAGCAGCCAAAUUAUCCAGUAUUCUUCCUUACCGACGCCGGAACACUUCCUAUGGCAGAUGUGCGUUGCAACUCCAUUCAAGAGGCCAUUCGAUUCGCAAAAGGUGCUGACCUAUUGGGUAUCGUCACGGCUAGCGAGCCUAUUUUGGCUGCACCAAGGAUGGCCAAGGUUAUCAAACAGACUGGAUUACUGUUGUUUACGUAUGGUGUUUUGAAUAACGAGGUGGUUAAUGCGAAGGCUCAGCAGUCAUAUGGUGUGGAUGCUGUCAUUGUCGAUUCGGUGCUGGCCGUACGCAAAGGACUACAGGAGAUUUCAGAAUAGACUUUUUAGAUAUAAGCAUACCCGUUCCCCUUCAACAUGUAGUAACUAUUGGCAAAUAUGUCUACAUAACGUGAAAUAAAUAAUUACAUCCCACUACAUCAGGC